UAACGCUCAUGAUGAAGCUCUAUGUCUUCAGCUGGCUCUUUUUUGCUGUCCAGAGAGAGAUGUCGGCUAUUCUUAGGCUGAAGGGCACGGAGAACGAGCAACUCAACUUCACCUGUUCACACUCGUGGGCCGCAACAAACAUAAAAUACUUCUGCAGACUCGAGUGUAGAGACCAAGACGUCCUCAUCCGAUCUGUAGGAGUGGGGAGGAUAGCCAAGAAGGACCGAUACUCCCUAUAUGACAGAGGAGGACGAUUUACUGUCAGUAUCAACAGGCUUCAGAAGUCAGACGAGGGGAAGUACUGGUGCGGAGUAGAGAGAGCUGGCAUUGACACGUAUCAUGAAGUGGUCCUUAAAGUGCUGGACGCCCCUCAAGUCACUGCAACAUUUCAAACAUCAUUGUUGACAACCUUUGGCCCAGGGAUAUCAGUUAAAGCUCGGCACAACUACAUUUCCGUGUGUGUAUUUGGCUUGCUGAUUAUUCUGGUUCUGUCUUUGGCACUUCACUACAAUCAAGUAAAAACUUGCCAUGUGUUGACAGAUUGUCUCUCAGCGUCUUCUUCCAAUGCAUCACCCAGAGGCACAGGACAUAACAGGGUCAGUGAGAGCUCAUCAGGAGACCAAAACCCAAACGCUAUAAAUCUAGUCUAUGUAAAUCAUGAGUCCAACCUCAGCCAAUCAAAUCAAGUCUACCAGACGCUACACAUUAAAGCCAUCCAGAUAGAUUCUGUAUAUGAGACUAUGUUCUCCAGUACUGACCAAUCAGAUGAAUGAGGGGGGA